CACGACCUCGCUCCCGCAAAUGCAGAGAUCUAUGCAACUCAUGGCCACAUGCCCCAGCUCCUGUUAUCCAUGUAGCUACAGUACACGGUGUCAACCGUCUUUGACGGACCAGGCGAUGGCAGCACGACUCCUGCAGUGGCCAGACUCAGUCCGUCAGGUGAGGUUAUCAACGAUGGCAGCAGAACGGCCCUCUCAGUGGAGUAUACCUGAAACGACCUCAAACAGGAACUGGCCCCUUUUGUCGCGUCAAUGCUCCAACACCGCCAACCACGCAUCAAAAUGCCCUUCUGACACCGUUUCGACCUCCUAAUGCCUGCGUUUUGCAUACUGUCGUCGUCGCCGUGGUCGUCGUAUUUGUUGCGUUCCUUCUCAUCCUCAUCAUCCUCCUCACUCCUUUGACUCAACGCUCUCUAAUUCUCUUCUUGAAAACCGCAUUUCACCGUUCACUCUUUUGCGCCCGGCGCACAACCGCAACCUUUCCCGAGCAGGUCUCGCUAUUCCCAAUCUCGAACACAUUCGCAGCAAGCGGAUCGUAAACUCAACAGAAGCAAAAUCGAUCUGUUCUUAUUCUUGCGACCACAGAGUACUGCUUGACCCGCGGUCAACUCCAAGAUGGCGAACAAGAUCCUCCUCGUCUUCAUUGCCUUCGACAUUGCCUUCCUCGGCUGUGCCGGACUACACCUAUUCAUCCCACUCUUUACAGAGUCAAACAUGAAGAAUAACACGAAUGUGGACAACAUUGCAUCCAACUUGCUACUCGAUCACUGUCCACUAACAGCCAGCAUGGCCAACUCUGUAGUCAUGUUCAUCACAUUUCUACUCUCGAUUCCCGCAAUGUUCCUCAAGUCGAACCGCAUGUUUCUCAAACUCCACGCCUGGGGUGUCAUCAUCGCCGCGACCAUGACGCUCGGCAUUGGACUGGCCAUCUGGUUCUCCACCUUAGAAAUGCACAAGAACCUCGCUCCGAUCUGGAAUGCGCAACCAGAGGCCACAAUUACCCUGCUGCAAGCCAAGUUUCAAUGCUGUGGCUACAGCAAUCCAGCGCUUUUCGUCAAGGAUGCGACUUGCACCAGUGCCGCGACCGCUGCACGGCUCGGCCCUUGCAUGGCCCCGCUCGGUGUCUUUGCCAACAGAUUCUUGGAUAUCGUUUUCACAACCUUCUUUGGCUUUGUCGCGGUUGACAUGAUGCUUCUAUUGGCCGCCUUGUGCUUGAUCAAGGACCGCAAAGAGAAGGAACGAUACAGGCUGAUCGAUGAGAAGAGGGGCUUCGGACCCAUCUAAACGACACGCCGUGGAAGCAAGUGUUGGAAGAUGCCCCCCUUACUUUGUGGAUUUUCUCCCCGCUGUUGGCUGAUGUAUCAGCCACGGUGGGAAUUGCUCAGAUCACAGAGUGCAUUCCAAAGAGAUGUACUCCCGUCGACGAUAUAGACAGAGUCACUUUUGAGCAUAUCAGUCGUGAUUUGGUUCCAUUCUAGCAUGGAGUCAUUUGCUAUGACUAUAGAAAUUGGUUCGGAAGUUUGGUCGUUAGGAAGCAUAGCAAGCGGGUCGUCAAUACAAGAUGAAUGCAAACAAUGAGCGAAAUCGUGUCAUCAAGGCCUGUACCAGGACGCUUGAACACCUUGUGCGCUAAGAUUGUGACAUGAUACAAUUUGAAGGCACAAGGCCUAUGUGCUCAUUGAGAACGAUUUCCAUUUACAUUGUAAGUUGUAUUGUAGCCACAUGUAGCACGAGUGCAAUACCAGGUACUAAUCCGGGC